ACAUGUUUGCUUGAACAACAUACUCCGUUAUCAAAGAAAAUGGCAGACGUCAUAUUUUCUCCUCGUGCAUAUUGUAAAAUAAUUUUACACGCUGCUAAAUACCCACAUUGUGCUAUCAAUGGUUUGUUACUUGCUAGAUUAAAAACUAAGAACGAUGGAAAAUCCUCGGAGUUACGUAUUGAGGAUGCAAUACCGUUAUUUCAUAUUUGUCUUCAUGUUUCACCAAUGGCGGAAAUUGCACUUACUCUUGUUGAUCAGUUAGCUACGAGUAAAGGUCUGAUAUUGGCUGGUUAUUAUCUUGCAAACGAAAAUAUUAAUGAUUUAAGUACAGAUAGGCCAGCUCAUAGAAUAGCAGAUAAAAUAGCAGAAAAUUGUAGUGGUGCUUUACUUGUUGUGGUAGAUAAUAAAGAGAUGACACUUAAUAUGACAUCAAGUCCGUUACGUAUCUCACAGUUUGUGGAUGGAAAAUGGAAACUCAAAGACAAAGCCAAUAUAUUCUAUGAAGGAGGAGUCGCACCCACAGAUGCAUUAUAUACUUUGUUGGAAAAUGAACAAUAUCGUAAUCUUGUUGAUUUUGAUAAUCAUCUGGACAACAUUACUUUAGAUUGGCAAAAUCAUAAUCUUAAUAAAGUUAUAGAUGAAACUGUGGAGGAAAAUGAAUAGAAAAGAAGAAACCAAAGAAGUGUUCUAUUGGAAGACUAUCAUUUUAUUUGUACCUUAAACUGCACCACAUCUAUAUCUUAUUAAAUUUCGAUAAAAUAACUAAUGUACAUAUGCCAUAGAGUUUAUAAACAGCUAUUUUUUGUUUCUAGA